UUUCUCGACUCUUUUCUGCGUUGCUGAUAUGUUUCAAUCUUUUCUUUUCAGUGGUAAGCACUGUAACUUUGCUUAAAAAGAUUCUGUAUAAAAACUUUACAAUUAUUAUUACUACUACUGCUUCCCAUCAAAAUUGAUACAUAACUUUAUUUUUAUAAGUUCUAUUCUACAUGUCUAAAAGACAUGAUUACAAAUACUUAUUAAUUGUACAUUAAAUAGGGAGAGAUAAGGGAGAGAGCUGAAAAUACCACCAAUGAACGCAAGGAUGUGAAACACCAGCUCAUUCAGGAGCAAAACUUUUUGCUGUGUACAGUGGACUAUAUAAAAAACAUAUUGGACUGACAUCCAAUCAAAUCGCAGGAAAUGUUUGACAAGCGUAAGCACGGAUCAAUAGAAAAACAGUAAGUAUGCUAGAAAGGGGCGGGGCGUAGGAUAUCCUAUGUCAUCAACUCAAGGCGCUUUGUUGUUCUUUCGGGAAAGAAAGACGGAGGAAAAUACUGUUUGUACACUGUAAACAUUCAAGCCGAGCAAGGAUUAUACUUCAUUUGGCUCAAUAUAAUCCAGCGACAACCAAGUGUGGAGUUAAACCGAUGUCGUCCGGUUGAAAGUGGCGCAUUUGUGGGACCAAAUCACUUCAGCGUUAACGUUAGCAACUCCGGGAGGGUGUCCAGAUCGGAGCGGAAGGAAUUCCAGGCACUGGGAAGAAGGGGGAGAAAUCCGCUGCGAUGCCUCAAGCGAGUCGGAUAAAAACUGCCUGGAGUAAUGGCACUUUAAACCUGAAGUAUGUGUCCGUUUGACUCGUAUCCAAUCGCAGGAGCAAUUUAAUGGUGGUUUUGUAACUGUUAACGUGCCAGUUUUAGCGAGUUAGCCACGUAGCUACGUAGCCUUCCAGUAGGAAGUCAUUUAAAAUGGCGGAAGGUUGGCCCAUUCCUUCGGCCCUUGUCUUCAUGCUGUUGACUUUGAGUGCCUGGGCUGUGGAGUCUUGUCCUGCUCCUUGCUCCUGCUCCAAAGGACAAGAUGAGGUUCAUAUUCUGGACUGCAACAGGAAAAGGCUGUCGACGGUUCCCCAGGACCUACCAGACGGGAUAUCCCAAGUCACCAUGAAUCAUAACGAGCUGACUAGUCUUCCCUAUCUUGGAGAUGUUUCCCCAAAUAUCACCUCCCUGUCAUUAGUCCAUAAUCGGAUCUCGGAGCUGUUGAUGCAUCAGCUGCAGCCAUACGUUUCCUUGGAGACUCUGGACCUGACCUCCAACUCCAUCUCUGAGCUCAAAGCUGGAUCCUUCCCCUCCAUGCAGUUAAAAUAUCUGAAUUUGAGUAAUAAUAGGAUCAGCGUCCUCGAGCCUGGCUGCUUUGAAAACAUCUCCAGCUCCCUGCUGGUGCUGAAGCUGAACAGGAACAGAUUAGUGAUGCUGCCAUCUAAAGUCUUCAAACUUCCGCAGCUUCAGUUCCUUGAAAUGAAGCGUAACAAGAUCAAGAUUGUGGACAGCCUGACAUUCAAAGGGAUGGACUCGCUGAGGUCACUGAAGAUGCAGAGGAAUGGCAUCACUAAGCUCAUGGAUGGAGCCUUUUUUGGGCUUAACAACAUUGAAGAACUAGAGCUGGAGCACAAUAACCUAACCGAGGUCAACAAAGGUUGGCUGUAUGGCCUUCGCAUGCUGCGUGUCCUGCGGGUCAGCCAGAAUGCUGUCGGCAUCAUCCGACCAGACGCCUGGGAGUUUUGCCAAAAGCUGGAGGAACUAGACUUGUCCUUCAAUCACCUGACUAGACUUGAGGAGACAGCGUUUGUGGGAUUGGGUCUCCUGGAGAGCCUGAACCUGGGAGAAAACUCCAUCAGUCAUUUGGGAGAGGGAGUGUUCAGUGGCUUGGCAAGUCUUCGCACCCUUGAUAUCCGCAAUAAUGAAAUCUCCUGGGCCAUUGAAGACUCCAUUGGUGUUUUCGAUGGCAUGAAGAAGCUGAACACACUGAUCCUACAGAGGAACAAAAUCAAAUCAAUCACCAAGAAAGCGUUCGAGGGCCUGGAGGAGCUGGAGCACCUGGACCUCAGUAAGAAUGGCAUCAUGUCGAUACACCCGGAGGCGUUGUCCCAUACGAAGCUCAAAGUCUUCGUCCUGAACACAAGCAGCCUGCUGUGUGACUGCCACAUGCAGUGGCUAGGGCCUUGGUUGACUGACAGCCAGUUCCAGCAGUCUGUCUCGGCUAUCUGUGCUCAUCCUGCCAGCCUUCUUGGCCGCAGUGUCCUGUCCAUCACCGCGGAAGAGUUUGUUUGUGAUGAUUUCCCCAAACCUCAUAUCACAACUCACCCAGAGACGUGUGUGGCAUUGCGGGGAAACAAUGUGACUCUGAGCUGCGUAGCGUCCAGCAGCAGUGAUUCGCCGAUGAGCACAGCUUGGCGGAAGGAUGGGGAGGUGCUGUAUGAUGCAGAAGUCCAAAACUACGCCAGGUACCAGGAGGGAGAGCUGAUCUACACCACUGUGCUUCACCUCCUUAACGUCAACUUCACUGAUGAGGGGCGCUACCAGUGUGUGGUCUCCAAUCACUUCGGCUCCAAUUAUUCCAACAGGGCCAAGCUUACUGUCAAUGAGCUGCCAUCCUUUCUUAAAACACCCAUGGAUCUGACAAUCCGGACUGGAACGAUGGCCAGGCUUGAGUGUGCUGCUGAAGGUCAUCCAUCACCCCAAAUUGCUUGGCAGAAGGACGGAGGCACCGACUUCCCCGCUGCCAGAGAGCGCAGGAUGCAUGUAAUGCCAGACGAUGACAUCUUCUUCAUUGCUAACGUGAAGACCGAAGACAUGGGAGUGUACAGCUGCACGGCUCAAAACGCAGCUGGCAGUCUGUCUGCAAACGCUACUCUCACUGUUUUGGAAACUCCAUCCUUCAUGCGACCGCUGGAGGACCGAACAGUGGCCCGAGGUGAAACUGCUGUGCUUCAGUGUAUAGCUGGAGGCAGUCCUGCCCCUCGUCUCAACUGGACCAAAGAUGACGGGCCUCUGGUACUCACCGAGCGCCACUUCUUUGCUGCAGCCAACCAGCUCCUUAUCGUAGUUGAUGCUGGCCCUGCUGAUGCCGGGAAAUACACCUGCAUCAUGUCAAACACUCUGGGAACAGAACGUGGCCACAUCUACCUGAGUGUCUCGCCAUCACCAAACUGCGAUACCGGCACGGGAUAUGACCAGGACGGCUGGACCACCGUGGGCAUUGUGGUGAUUGUGGUGGUGUGUUGUGUGGUUGGAACCUCGCUGGUGUGGGUCAUUGUCAUCUAUCACAUGCGCAGGAAGAGCGAGGACUACAGCAUCACCAACACAGAUGAGAUGAAUUUGCCAGCAGACAUCCCCAGCUACCUGUCCUCGCAGGGUACUUUGUCAGAGCCGCAGGAAGGCUACAGUAACUCUGAGGCUGGCAGCCACCAGCAGCUCAUGCCUCCGCUCUCCAAUGGAUACGUCCAUAAGGGCACAGAUGGUGUGUGUUAUGGAGACACAGGCAGCGAGGUGGAAACUGAGGGGAACGGCAUGCUGCAGUGCAGGGUUGGUUCUCUGUUCACUGGCCGCAACAGUUUCCACCCUGGAGAGCCCCGUGAGGGACUAGCUGGACUCCCCACAGGUGGUGCAGGUCCGCUGGUCAUCUGCUCCGACUGCUACGACAACGCCAACAUCUAUUCACGCACUCGGGAGUACUGCCCGUACGCCUAUAUGGGGGAGGACGACACACUGGAUAAGAGUCUACCGGGCCUGAAGGAGAGCUUCAGUGAGCAUGCACAGCACAAGGACACAGCUCUGGAGAGCCUCAUUAGCAACCAGGACUCCUCCAUCUUUCUCACCUCACACGAUAAAAGGCUCAGCAGCCACUCUCCCCCGGAGCACUAUGCUAAUGAUUCCCUUAGUCGGUCUUUCUGGGGAGAUGGGGAAGAUCCGUCAUCAAAACCCCAACCAGGCGCGUCCCAGCACCCAGUGACUGUUCAUAGGACACCUCCUCUGGCUUCCACUGCCAACGGGGCAGAGGAACAGAGCAAAGCAGAGGUGGACUGUUUUCCCAGCCAAUGCACAAAGGCCCACAGAAGUGCCUCUAAUAGGACUAACCCUCAGGAGCAUCCUGCUCCCACAUAGGUCCUUACACUCCACCCACGUUCUGCCUCUGAUUCCUCAUUGCUGCACCCCCGCCCUCUUCACCCACUACCUCCAAAGAGACUCCUCACUCUCUGCCAAAGAUGCUCUCUUGUAUGUUUACAUUCCCCUUUCACCCAAGAGGACAUGCUAACGUUCUCCACUGUGGAAAGACCGCUGUGUCAGGCUGGAGAAAAAUGGACCAGUGAUUAAAGUGACCUCCUUCUUGACACCUCCACCUCUGCAGGACCCCUCUCUCCCACAUCCUCCACUCUUCUUUGUUCUCUUUCUAGAGAAAGCUAUGAAUGUAUGCUUUAAAGAGCCAUGUCGGAUGCUGCCACGAGAGAAACCAAGAUACGGUUUGAGUCUCCAUAGGCUCUCUGUCCUCCGUCCCUGCUGCUGAGGGGCUGAAAUUUGUCUCAUCAUUCCCGGUACUUAUUGGAGCAGCCUGCGAGACUUUGGGAGAAAUUACUAACGACCUUUUCCCAAGUGUGGAUAAAAUGGGGUUCAAACAAGGGACACAUGUAGCUCCCUGACCAGCAGUUUGUGGUUAAUACAGGAAAGAACAUUGAAAACAUGCUUCCCACAUUCCCACAAGCAUCCCGACUGACUCUAAACUAUGCUAUCUGGUAUCCUGUUAUGCAAAUCCCAGAGACAGUGACACCAAAAUGUGGUGUAUAUUAUGAAUAUAUAUGAAUAUAUCCUAUAUCAUCUUUAUCUGAUCUUGUUUUUGUCCUAUGUCAAAACGCAGUUGUUUUAUUCCUUUAUUUUAUGUCUUUGUAAUGAUGAGCAGUUCGGGGAGAAAGCGUACAGUUUUUUUUGUUUUGUUUUGUUUUUUUUUUGCACAUGUGACAAUCAUGGUUUAGCUGGCUAUUUUCUAAUGGUUGUCUAUCGGAUGGCCUUUUCUCACAAGCAUUCUCAGUAACCUCGAUCAGGUGACGACAUUAUGGUUUAUGUGUACAGUAUGCACUGAUUUGUUUUUCCCUUAUAGCAUAUCUUACAGGCACUUAAUUUAAUGGCGGUAAACUUUAUUAUGCAGUGUGCAUGCUGUCUUUAAAUUGUGAUGGUUUAUCAUCACAGUUUUAUCUCAAAAGGUUCACGAUUCUUCCGUAGAUAUUGAUUAAGCCUAGGUUCUCACUCGGGACUGUGAAAAAUGAGAAUGUAUUGUUUUAUUUUAUAAAUGUAUGUGUACAUAAGGAUAGUAAUCUAUUAAAUUCUGUGUCCUACUAGUCCAUAUUGAGGUUUUGAGACUUAAGCUGCAGUAAUUUGAAGCUUUUAUCGUCCCAGAAGUUUUUUUGUUUUUUUUUUACCUGUCUGUUCAGGUAGCAAGAUGGAAACAUGUUUUCUUGAGAACUGUGUGUUGUUCUCAUCAGAAACUUUAAACGACAGCUGCCAACUUCAACAGACUGUACUGUUUCCAAAUGUCAGCUAUGAAAUCGCUUUGAGAUGCCUCUCAUGUAAAAGAAAUGGUGUGUUGUCUCAUGUUAGUUGUCCUUACAAAAAAAAAAAAGAAAACCUCUUGAUAAUUGCACUUCAGAGUUGCGCAGAUGUAAUAAGCUUUGUUUUGUGGCAUCAUAUUUGCAACACAUUAGGCGAAUCACACUCAGCUGCCUUUUUAUUACACGCACCUAGCUGGAAGCAGUGCGGUAUAAUCCCAGCAGCUGUGCGAUGCAUACAGCCUUCGGCGUUUAGUUUUACCGAGGUGUACCUAGUGAACUGGCAACUGUGAGUGUAAUGUGGUAAUCUUUCCCAAAAAAUUCCGACAGCAUAUUUAAAUUAUUUCCGUUACGUUGAUGAUCAGUACUGCUACAUUUUAUUUUUCAACAAGAAAAGGAUCUGCCAUGUUCCUUUUCUCCUGCUUGUGUCGGGGUUCACCGAGUGAGUGUUCAAUGGUACUGAGAUCGAACACUACAAAUCCAUAAUGCUGACAGUGAAAUUGUACGAUGCUAUAUUUUCUAUAUUUUGGAUGUAUUGUCACAAAUUGUUGCAUAUAAAUUAUUGUUACCUAUUAUCAAUAGUUAAUUGACUACAGUUGUUAUGACCUGGGCCUGAUCAGACAGUGUGUUUUUGUAAAUUGCCUUUUUUGUUGAAGCUUACGAUUCAGGCAACCACUAAAUAACCUGUGAUUGAACUGUGAUUUUACCAUGAAGUAAACCUGCAGAUCUGCAUCGCUUAUUUUGUCCGGCUUGAAGUGCUUGACUUCCGAGCAGGUAGUAAGUUCAGUAAGUUCAGCUCCAGUUCCGUUUAAGGCUCUUCAGGAUGAGUUGGGGGCAGCACUUUUCUGCUCUGAAUUGGUAGUUUUCUCAACUCAGCUUUCUCAGACGUAAGGUGCUCCAGGCAUCUGAAAAUGCUGACUGCCUGUAGAAAACAAAUUGGGGAAGAAAAAAAAAAAAAUGCCCCUCACUACAAAAAAUUGGCACUCUGUCUGACCGGGCCUUUUAUGCAGCAAAUGACACCGGUUCGCCUCCUUCUCUCAGCGGUACUUGCAGGUGUGAUUUCCAUGUCAGUCACUCUUUCAGUUCUCACUUGUUGUCAUGUUUUGAAAUGCUCAUGCUCGCCUUCAGUUGCCAGAUCAGCACAUUCCGAGCCUUUUCCUGCGCAUGUGGCAUUACCUGGGAAGUUACAGAUUCACUGGUAUUAUAUUUUUCAUGCCAGGUGGAAUUUUCCUCUGUAUUUUGACACAUCAAAGCAGAUUUUUGUCUUGUUUUUUCUCUCUGCUCUUCUCUUGGCUAAGGUCAAUUCCAUGCCCCUUUUUUUUAAAUGAAAAAUUGCCGUUGACAACUCAUUGAAACGGAGCCACAUGUCAGGGGGGAUGUUCAUCGACUCUCUGUUCAAUAUUUUUCUUUUUUGCCAACGCAGCGUAACAUAAUGUGCUUUUGUGUUGUUUCAUUCUCUGAACGUCCUUUUUCUGACUUUAUACCAAAGUUUAGCAGUAACUGCUGUGGCAAUAUCCAAUGCUGCUUUUUUUUUGUAUUGUCGAAGUUUUGUUUUUAAUAGUAUUUUUGAAACCUUGUUUGCCUGUACAUUCUGUAAAGCAUGUCUAAAGAGCCUUUUUUGUUACAUAGCCAUUACUCAGACAUUAAACAUGAAUUCUGAUAA